CCGGCCCUGUCAGCGGAGCGCGCCCUGCAUGGAGCCGCACCAUGGCGGCAACGGCGGCGGCGGCAGGAGCGGGCGGGCGGCUGCGGGGGCGCCGCUGAGGGCCGGCAGCCCCGCGGCGGGGUGCUGAGGGGCGGUGGUGCCUCCCCCUCCCCUUCCCCUCCCCUCCUUUCCUUUCCCCCCACCCUUACCCCGACCCCCGCGCCCUUCCCCGGCGCGGCGUCCAUGGUCGCGGCCGCCAGCCGCGGCGUCGUACCGGAGCCGUUGGGCGGCGGCGAGAGCCAGCGAAGGAGAAGGAGCGGGCCCGACCCGGCGCCGCCCGCCGCGCCGCAGGGCAUAUCGAGAAUAAUCAUCAGCCUUAAUAAGGAUUGAUUGUGUACUACCCAUCAUCGUCCCGGUUUGAUAUUAAUCGGAAAAGCUUUGACCGUCGCGUUGGGGAGGUGAAAAGUUGAAUGAGCGUCCCUUUGAAGGGGGCACCACUGGAAGAACCUUUAUGGGCUCCUAAUGACAUGCAGGUGGAUGAUUUACUUAUGAUAAUUAAGGGCAACAUGGAUUUGUGGUUCUUUCUCCUUUUGCUCGGCAGUGGCCUGAUAAGCGCAGGUGCUAACAACGUUACAACAGAGCCACUCACGACAGUGCCCACCUCCCCCAGGAGCCCCACCAAAGCUCCUACAGCAGGUCCUGAGGGUGGAACUACGACAAGAGCAAACAGGCUCAACGUUAGCACUCCAGUGACUGUUUCUACCGUGGCAUCAAAGCCACCUACAACCACAGCCACCGGGAUCUCGCCCAACACCACCACUGUCAGCCCUGACACCUCCACCCUGGGGACAACCGUGCCCUUGCCUCCAGCCACCUCCCUGCUCCCCAGCGUGACGCCGUCUGCUCCACGCACCGCUCUCCCCAGCACAGAAGCGGACACGACGGAGAGGAAUUUCAGUGCGACGGCGACAACACAAGAGACCUCUUCUGCUGCCCACAACGGUAACUCUGACAGAAGAAAUGAGACUCCAAUUAUAGCUGUGAUGGUGGCCCUGUCUUCCCUUCUAGUCAUAGUAUUUAUUAUUAUUGUGCUGUACAUGUUAAGGUUCAAGAAAUACAAGCAAGCAGGGAGUCACUCCAACUCCUUUCGCUUGUCCAACGGCCGGACAGAUGAUGCAGAGCCUCAGAGCAUGCCGCUGCUCGCCCGCUCCCCCAGCACCAACCGUAAAUACCCGCCUCUGCCCGUCGAUAAGCUGGAAGAGGAGAUCAACCGCCGGAUGGCAGAUGACAACAAGCUCUUUCGGGAGGAGUUCAACGCUCUCCCAGCAUGUCCCAUACAGGCCACGUGUGAAGCUGCUUCCAAGGAGGAGAACAAGGAGAAGAACAGAUACGUGAACAUUUUGCCCUAUGAUCAUUCCAGGGUUCACCUGACUCCUGUCGAGGGGGUUCCUGACUCCGACUACAUCAACGCCUCCUUCAUUAAUGGGUACCAAGAGAAAAACAAGUUCAUUGCUGCACAAGGACCAAAGGAAGAAACCGUGAACGAUUUUUGGAGGAUGAUUUGGGAGCAAAACACAGCGACAAUUGUCAUGGUGACCAACCUGAAAGAGAGGAAAGAGUGUAAAUGUGCUCAGUACUGGCCGGAUCAGGGCUGCUGGACGUACGGGAACAUCCGAGUGUCCGUGGAGGACGUGACCGUCCUGGUGGAUUACACCGUGCGGAAGUUCUGCAUCCAGCAGGUCGGCGACGUCACGAACAAGAAGCCUCAGCGCCUGGUGACUCAGUUCCACUUCACCAGCUGGCCCGACUUCGGGGUCCCCUUCACCCCCAUCGGGAUGCUGAAGUUCUUGAAGAAGGUGAAGACGUGUAAUCCCCAAUACGCAGGAGCAAUAGUAGUGCACUGCAGCGCCGGGGUAGGACGCACGGGCACUUUUAUCGUCAUCGAUGCCAUGCUGGACAUGAUGCACGCGGAGAGGAAGGUGGACGUUUACGGCUUCGUGAGCCGGAUCCGGGCUCAGCGCUGCCAGAUGGUACAGACGGAUAUGCAGUAUGUGUUUAUAUACCAAGCACUUCUGGAGCACUAUCUCUACGGUGACACGGAGCUGGAGGUGACCUCAUUAGAGAUCCACCUCCAGAAGAUCUACAACAAAGUGCCAGGGACCAGCAGCAACGGGCUGGAAGAGGAGUUCAAGAAGCUCACUUCAAUCAAAAUUCAGAACGACAAGAUGAGAACGGGCAACUUGCCGGCAAACAUGAAGAAGAACAGGGUGCUUCAGAUAAUUCCAUAUGAGUUCAACCGAGUAAUCAUUCCGGUGAAGAGAGGUGAAGAGAACACAGACUACGUAAACGCUUCCUUCAUUGACGGUUAUCGCCAGAAGGACUCCUAUAUCGCCAGCCAAGGACCGCUGCAGCACACGAUAGAGGACUUCUGGAGGAUGAUCUGGGAGUGGAAAUCCUGCUCCAUAGUGAUGCUGACGGAGCUGGAGGAGAGAGGCCAGGAGAAGUGUGCCCAGUACUGGCCGUCUGACGGCUCCGUGUCCUAUGGAGACAUCACCGUGGAGCUGAAAAAAGAGGAGGAGUGCGAGAGCUAUACGGUGCGGGACCUGCUGGUAACGAACACCAGGGAAAACAAGAGCCGACAGAUUCGGCAGUUUCACUUCCAUGGCUGGCCAGAAGUUGGGAUUCCCGGGGAUGGGAAGGGAAUGAUCAACAUCAUCGCGGCUGUGCAGAAGCAGCAGCAGCAGUCUGGCAACCACCCAAUCACUGUGCACUGCAGUGCCGGAGCAGGAAGAACAGGCACCUUCUGUGCGCUGAGCACUGUCCUGGAAAGGGUGAAGGCAGAAGGGAUUCUCGAUGUCUUUCAGACGGUGAAGAGUUUAAGACUACAGAGGCCGCAUAUGGUGCAGACACUGGAACAGUACGAAUUCUGCUACAAGGUGGUGCAGGAAUAUAUCGACGCCUUCUCAGACUACGCCAACUUCAAGUGAAGAAAGGAAAAAAACAAACAAACAAAAAAAACCCCAACCCCACAACAAAAUCCACGCCCUGAAACAAAUGACAGAAGAGUUGCCUUCUUUAAUAUUUUGUAAUAUUCUGUUUGUUAAUAUACCCCCCCGAAAAAAAUAUGUGUAUAUAUCUUAACUGUUUUAGAGGUUGGUACCAUAAGCUUCAUAUUAGCUGGAGAUUUUAUAUGUAGCAAAGUGUUAGUGCAGAUACUGUUGGCUCCUUUUUUUCCAAUGUUUUAUUGGGGAAUUAAAUAGCGUGAUGUUUGGAUUAAUAUUGUCAUACCAUCUCUCUUCUGGAGAGUUGAUACAGGCUGUUAUUUUGUUUGUAAAUCUUUUUUUUUUUUUUUCUUGAGGGAGUAAAGCCUUUUUUUUUUUUUUUUAAAAAAGAAGAAAAAGAUAUCCUAGAUCGCAUCUGAAAAAAAAAAAAAAAAAUCCAACAAACCCACAACCCCACAAGCACAAGCUUUUCCGAACCGGCAGGGAAAUGGUUUCACAUUUUUCUGCUGGUCAGCUCUUUAAAAAAAAAAAAAAAAAAAAAAAGGAGAGAAAAAA